GUUGCCACGGUGAUGGCAAAGGAGGACAGUAUGGUGCGGGUGGUGGUGCGGGUACGGCCCCCCACCCCUCAGGAGUUGGACAGUCAACGUCGGCCUGUGGUUCAGGUGGUGGACGAGCGUGUGCUGGUGUUUAACCCCGAGGAGCCCAAUGGAGGGUUCCCUGGCCUGAAAUGGGGUGGCAUUCAUGAUGGGUCCAAGAAGAAGGGCAAAGACCUGACAUUUGUCUUUGACCGGGUUUUUGGUGAGGCUGCCACCCAACAGGAUGUGUUCCAGCACACCACUCACAGCCUCCUGGAUGGCUUCCUCCGGGGCUACAACUGCUCAGUGUUUGCCUAUGGUGCCACUGGGGCUGGGAAGACCCACACCAUGCUGGGAAGGGAGGGGGACCCUGGAAUCAUGUACCUGACAACCAUGGAGCUGUUCAGGCGUCUUGAGGCCUGCCAGGAGGAGAAGCACUUUGAGGUGCUCAUCAGCUACCAGGAGGUGUACAAUGAGCAGAUCCAUGACCUCUUGCAGCCCAAAGGGCCCCUUGCCAUCCGUGAGGACCCUGAGAAGGGAGUAGUGGUACAAGGGCUUUCCUUCCAUCAGCCAGCUUCAGCUGAACAGUUGCUGGAGAUGCUGACCAGGGGGAACCGGAACCGCACACAGCACCCUACUGAUGCCAAUGCCACUUCCUCCCGCUCCCACGCCAUCUUCCAGAUCUUCGUGAAGCAGCAGGACCGUGUUCCAGGACUGACCCAGACCGUUCAGGUGGCCAAGAUGAGUCUGAUUGACCUGGCUGGCUCGGAGCGGGCAUCCAGUACCCAUGCAAAGGGAGAGCGGCUGCGAGAAGGUGCCAAUAUCAACCGCUCUCUGCUGGCACUCAUCAAUGUCCUUAAUGCCCUGGCUGAUGCAAAGGGCCGCAAGACUCACGUGCCCUACCGGGAUAGCAAACUUACCCGACUACUCAAAGACUCCCUUGGGGGCAACUGCAGAACGGUGAUGAUUGCUGCUGUCAGCCCCUCCAGCCUGGCCUACGAGGACACAUACAACACCCUGAAGUAUGCCGACAGGGCUAAGGAGAUCAGGCUCUCGCUGAAGAGCAAUGUGAUCAGCUUGGACUGUCACAUCAGCCAGUAUGCCACCAUCUGCCAGCAGCUCCAGGCUGAGGUGGCUGCUCUGAGAAAAAAGCUCCAGGAAUAUGAGGCAGGAGCCCGGACCCCACAUCAGGACCUCCUGGGUUCCCCCAAGUCAGGCCCACCACAGCAACACCUUCCCAACUCUCCCUUACUACCCUGCCCUCCCAGCCAGCUCUGCACCCCAGAGCUUCCUGUGGGGUCCGGAUGCCUUCCAGAGAAGAGCCUGGGACCCAGGGCCCAGGUGGAGAGAGUUGUGGAAGAGACCUCUUUAGACCAGGAGCAACCUUCAAAGGACAAGGACAAACGCCCAGCAGAGGAGGUUUCAAUCCAGAUGCCAGAGCAGAGCCUCAAGCAUCCGCUGCCAGGGCCUCCUAGUCCGAGCCUGCAGCCCAAGCCUGUCAUGGGCCACCUCUCACCACAGAAGCUGGACAGGGACCUGUCUAUGCAGUUGGCUCUGAAGGUGCUGCGCCUAGCCCAGCAGCAGUAUACCCUGCUCCAAGCAGCCAACCUCCUGACACCCGACAUGAUCACAGAGUUUGAGACCCUGCGGCAACUGGUGCAACAGGAAAAAAUUGAGCCUGGGGCAGAGACCUCCAGGCCUCCUGGGCUGACAGGAGGGACACGUUUUGCUCAGGAGCUGCAUUCAGAGUCAAAGUCUCCAAGGUACUCUGGCCCCGUGACCCGGACCAUGGCAAGGCGACUGAAUGGCCCCAUGCACACUCUGGGGAUCCUACCUGGGCCUGAGUGCACCCCAGCCCAGACAUCCCAAUGUCCCACAGAGAAGAAGAGGAGGAGGAGACCCAGUCCCCUGGAGCCAGACAGUCCCCCAGCCCCAAAGCAGAGAACCAAGUGCCAGCGCCAGUCCUUCCUGCCUUGCCUAAAGAGAGGGUCCCUGCCUGAGGCCCAGCCUUCAUUUGGGCCCAGCACCCCCAAAAGUGGAAGGGCCUCCUCCCCUUGCCAUUCCUCUCAUGUAUGCCCAGCCACAGUCAUCAAAAGCCGGGUGCCCCUGGGCCAAUCUGUCAUGCAGAACUGUUCCACCCCUUUGGCUCUGCCCACUGGCAAUCUCAAUGCCACCUUUGAUCUCUCUGAGGAGACCCCCUCAAAGCUCAGUUUCCUUGAAGGCAUUGGAUGGGAGACAGUACCCCAGGAGCUGAACAGGCUGGACCAGCCCUUCAUGCCCAGUGGACCGGUGCUGUUCACCAUGAAGGGCCCCAAGCCAACAUCUUCCGUCCCUGGAACUUCAGCCUAUAAGAAGAGGCGUAUUGUGAGUUCCUCAGUCUCCCGGGGCCACAGCCGCAUUGCCCGCCUCCCCAGCAGCACCUUGAAGAGGCCAGCUGACCCCCUCACAAUCCCAGGUGACUGGAACUAG